GAAUUUUCGAUCCAACUGAACUUAUUGACGGAAUUCGCCAACUAUACAAGACUCGUGAAGGAUGGCUUUCACCGUUUCCAUGGUGUGAAGAGUUUCAGUUUUUUAUUGGCAACAUUUUUACAAGGCUCAGAGUGGUCAGAAGAAAGAAAACGAGAGGAGAAGUCACUGACACAUUUGUUGACAUGCCGUCUAUAUUGGACUCCCAUGAAGAGUGUUUAGCGCCGAGAGCAGUGCUGAUUGAAGGAAAACCUGGCAUGGGAAAAACCACCUACUGCAAAAAGUACGUCUACGACUGGGCAACAAGAAAGCAGGAAUCUCAGGGCUACGGCUUAACAGCAUUCAAAGCAGUGUUAUUGCUGAAAUGUCGAGACAUCCAUUCUAAUCUUUGGGAAGCCAUUGACGAUCAGCUUCUACCCCGAGACAUCGAUGAAGAAGUCAAACAAAAAUUCUUUCAGUUUAUUCGUGAACAUCAGUCCAGCAUUUUACUAAUACUGGAUGGAUUGGAUGAGUUGCCUUCCAGAUAAUUGCCAAUGUUUUUGGAAUUGAUUGAAGGAAGGGUACUCCCUAGAUGCCAAAUAGUUGCAACAGCAAGACGCGAAGCUGGAAAAGAGGUGAGAAAAUACUGUGACACGCUGCUCGAGAUCGAGGGAUUCACUCAAAAACAUGUUAACGAAUUUGUCAUCAAAUACUUUAAAGAUAGGCGGGGUUUAGCCACAAAGCUCUUGAAACGGUUGAACGACGAUGAAAACCUGAGGGAAUUGGCAGCCAAUCCUCUGAACACAGGACUUAUUUGCCUAUUAUGCGAAGAGUUUGAUGGCACACUCCCUGAAAGCAGAACUCAACUGUACUUGGAUAUGGUUGAAUGUGUCUUGAGAAUAUAUAGAAAAAGGAAAGGAGAAUCAUUAACAAAUGUAGUCAUGGCAAACCUUUACAAACCGCAAUUGAAUCGCCUCGGGUUGGUGGCGUUGAAUGGUUUACUGAACGACAAAUUGGAUUUUGAUGAAAGUCAAUUGGGAAAUCAUGCAGAAGAAUUGACCGCAUUUGGAUUUCUAUCAGUGCAGCCUGGUGGCAGCAAAUUGAAACCAAAAGUGCACUAUGCUUUCCUUCAUAAAAGUUUUCAAGAAUGCUUUGCAGCAUUCUUUAUUUGCUCUCAGAUUCAAAGCAAGGAAAUCACACUUAAAGAACUAGUUUCCGAUGAAAGGUAUUUCCAUAGCCUUAAACAAGUCCUUUUGUUUUCAUGCAGAAUUUUAGCCAUGCAAAGCGAUAAACACAUUGUUGCUCUUGUGGAGAGUUUAACAGGCCAAGUCAACAAAAAUGAAGGCAAAGGUGCAGACGUUGUAUUAGAGGCCAUUAUCGAAUGUGAUAGAGGAGAAGAUUUUUCCUUACAGUUAGCAAAAUGUUUUGGAUCUGGUUUGAAUCUGAUCAAUUUGGAUUUGUCAAGGAAAUGGAUCGCCAGGGCCGGUGCUAAAUCUAUUGCUGAGGCAAUCAAAGUCAACAAGACUCUGACCAAUUUGAAUUUGUCUUACAAUGAUAUCAAUGAUACCCAUGCUACGUUUAUUGCUGAGGCAUUCAAAGACAACAAGACUCUGACUGAUUUGAAUUUGUCUGGUAAUAAAAUCUGUGAUGCCGGUGCUACCUCUAUUGCUGAGGCAAUCAAAGACAACAAGACUCUGACCAAAUUGAGCUUGUCUCGGAAUUUUAUCGAGGAGGCCGGUGCUGCAUCUAUUGCUGAGGCAAUCAAAGUCAACAAGACUCUGACCGAUUUGAAUUUAUGUGAUAAUGAUAUUAAUGUUGCCG